AUUGUUCAAAACCAACGAGUUGUUGAGUACACCCGAAUCAGAAGUCUCGGGAUGCCAUAGAGCAGAAGCCAGUUCGCAGGUGAAACCAAUCAACAAUGAGCAAAGAUGAGUUUCGUAAACGACUUGAUGCACUCAUUGGCAACGCGGGAAGCAGUUCAACAUGCAAGACAGAAGAGAGCAACAGGAAUAAAACGCUUUACAAUGAAUCCGUUUGGGGAAAUAAGCCACCAUCGAUGAGCAAAGGGGAUUUCCAUCAACGCCUGGUGUUCCUCAUUGACAAGUCAAUAGGCACGUCAACUUCUAAGACUGACGAGGGCGAGGGAAAUAGAGGGAACACGUGGGAAUCCGAGAUCGGUGAGCUACCGAAGUCUAUGAAGAAAGACGAUUUCCGCAAACGGCUGUCACAUUUGUGGCGUGAAGGUCAAUUGGUUCCCACAGACAGAUGUAGCGAAAUCAAAGAGCGAAAGUCAGAGGCCAAGAAGGCCGCUCAAAAAGUAAACACAUUUUACACCAUGAUCAGUAACGACGGGGAGAUAAAGACGACAAAUAUAGACAGUGGAGAUCAGCAACGUGAAGACAGCAUAUUCGACGGACUUCUACGGUGGUGUCUCAGAGGCUUCUUCCGAGGUAGAAUGCGACAUCAUUUGAAGGUGCUCCGCUAGAGGCAGCGACCCAGAACGGAGGAUUUACAGCAUCUUUGGUGAAAUAAUGGCUGCCGCCGAAGACUGUGGGAGUCUGUAGGUGUCCACCUGUGUAUAUGUGCUGAGCUCUAACCGUCUCUGUCGACGCUACAGAUAGGCAGUAAACUGCAUAAAUAUGGAUAUUUUAUACUAAUUUCAUUUGUAAACCUGUGUUCCGGUUUAAUGUCGUGGACGGGAAUUUCCAACGCCUGUUCCAAGAGCUGAUACGAUUUUCCGAGUCAGUUCACUGUUUAUACCGAUAUGAAUUAACUGUGUGAUUGGUCAUAAAUUUUGGCUACAAAUUGCAAAUGAGAAAUUGUUUCCUGUGGAAUUCCGUGAACAGGACACUUCAGAGCCUCUGCUGAGAGAUGAAAUAACUCUAUUUCAUCUCUUGAAUUUAUUUGCUCAUAGUUUCUUUAAUGCUAUUUGUUACUAUUAAGGGUUGGCUCUUCCGGAGACAGUUCAAUUAUGUUGAAAUGUGUAGGACAAAAUGCUACUAUUAGAAACAGUCCUUGGAUAAA